AUUUUGUGUAACCGAAAAUAGAGUAUUAAAAAAUAAUUUUAUGUAAUAAUGUGGUAUUGUGCUUGUAAUUUAAUAUUUAAUUAUGUAUUUCUAUUUAUAAUUUUAUGUUUUAGUGUAAUAUUUUAUUAAUUAAUAUUACUAUAAUGUUUUUAUAUUUGUGUUAGUUAUUUAUAAAAGUUUUAUGAAUUUAUAUUAAUUAUGAUAAUUAUAAAGACCAUAGUAUAAAUUACAAGAAAUUUUGAAGUUAUAUUUGAAGUCUUGAUUUAAGAGAAUAACACAUUGAAACUUCGAAUAUAGAGUUUUUGCAAUAGAGAGCUUUUCUUUUUUUUCUUUUUUUUUUAUCAAAAGAGAGUUUUUCUUAAGAUGCUCUUAGAAGUAUAUAAUAAAAGAAAAUAAAAUCGUUGUAAUAGAAACCCCGACAAAACUAAUGAAUAAAUUGUUUCAGAUGUGAGAUUUUUUUUUUUACGCUGAUUUAUUAAGAUAUUACAAUUACGAUAUGAGAAAGAUUACAUAGACGAUUCGACAACCGACAAUACUAUCUGCCUUAUGAAGACCUACGCCUAACUGCAUCACCUGAGCCGUCCUAUGAAGAUCCACGCUUGGCCAGAUUGUAAAAUUGUUACCACAACUUCCCACUGGAUUGUUCACAUACAUCCACAAGCGUGUGAUUUUGCGUUCUGUCUGAGUACGUUGAAACAUUUUAGAUCAUGUUAUAAAUCUAUCUAUAUACUAUCGAAAACACCCUUUCCAUUUCGACGUUUCCGCACCAUAAAGCGGCAAUGUCGGUGUAAAUAUCUCAUACUCAUUAGGGUAUGACAGGAAAAUUCAGUCUUUUGAACUUCCCUAGGCUCUGUCAUUUACUCUUUACCAAUACUCCUGCUUCACCUUUCUCUCUAUAAACUUCCAAUGCAUCAUUACUUACACUUUUCUACCUAUCUUUCUCGAGAUCCGGUUUUGUCUUAAAACCGUCACUGAACCGUAAUUUUUUUUCUUGUUACCGAUAUUGUCGUUAGUAGAGAAUAGUCCGGGGAGGAGAGCAUUUCUUCGAUCAGGUUUGUUAUUCAGCAUCUGAUAAAUUUUGUUUUGUUUCUUUCUGAAUGAUUUCGUCUCCGUUAUUUUUGACAAACUCCCAUCAUUGAAUAUCCAUACAAAGCAAUAAUGGUUGUACAAUUCACAUUAGCGUGCACAUUAGAAGUGCUUCUUUAUCUUAUCAUGUUCUUUGUCUCUCCAAUCUUCCUUACGGUAGGUAGUGAUUUGAUGUUUCAUAUGAUUGAUUUGAUCUUUCAUCGUUUAAGCAGUGGCUGGUCUGUCAGUUAUAUCCAUUUCAUUUCUUCAGAUACACUCUACAUGAAGUGAGGAACAAGAAAAGUAAAACAUACAACACACAAUGGAGACUGUGAAACCAUUGGAUGUUGCUUCAAGAAAAGGAAAACUCAGACGGGCAUUUGUGAAAGCUAUCAACAUCAAGAAGCUAACCGGUGUUGUUCCGGAAGUUGAGAGAGAGAAGAAGAGACAAGAAAACGUGAACUUAGUGAAGACUGCUCCAAAUCUUUCAGAGUCCUUUGACAAGCUGGAGGAAGAGCAUGAGAAAACACUUUCCAUGGAAGCUCUUCUUGCAAAGCUGUUUGCUACUGUUUCUUCCAUAAAAUCAAGUUACGCGCAGCUGCAGUACGCCCAGUCUCCGUAUGAUCCAGCUGGGAUUCAAAAAGCAGACAGGUUGGUCGUGUCAGAGCUGAAGACAUUGUCUGAGCUGAAACAGAGUUUCUUGAAGAACGAGUUUGAUACUAACCCUGAUAUAACUCUAGUUCUUGCCGAGAUUCAAGAGAUGAGAAGCCUCUCGAAGACUUAUGAGAUCAUGGGGAAGAAGAUGGAGUGUCAGCUGAAGCUUAAAGACUCUGAGAUCAUUUUUCUUAAAGAGAAGUUUCAAGAAUCCAAGAAUCAGAACAAGUUGAUGGAGAAGAGACUGAACAAAAGUAAUUCACUGGAUCAAAAUCAUUUCGUUAUUUAUCUAAACCACACCGUCAAAUCAAUCCGAGGAUUCGUUAAAACGAUGGUUGAGCAAAUGAAGUUCUCUGCUUGGGACGUCCACACGGCGGCUGAAGCGAUACAGCCUGAAGUAUUCUAUUACAAGCAAGACCACGCGUGUUUCGCUUUCGAGCAUUUCGUUUGCAAGAUCAUGUUCCAAGGGUUUCAUCUACCUUGCUUCACAAGCGAACCAUCAUCAUCAUCAUCUCGGAAGACGAGUAAAGAGACGUUCUUUGAGAGGUUCACGGAGCUUAGACCGAUGAAAGCGAGAGAGUGUUUAGCGUCGCGUCCUAAAUCAAGAUUCUCUAGGUUUUGCAGAGAUAAGUAUUUGCGACUCGUGCAUCCGAAGAUGGAGCAGGCUUUCUUCGGACAUUUGCAUGUGAGAAACCAAGUCUCUGUCGGGGAGUUUCCGGAGACGAGUUUUUGUACCGCGUUUCUUGAAAUGGCGAAACGGGUUUGGCUCUUGCAUUGUAUUGCGUUCUCCUUUGACGUUGAAGCUUCGAUCUUUCAAGUAUCUAAGGGUUGCAGAUUCUCCGAAAUGUACAUGAAGAGCGUGGCGGAAGAAAGCUUGUCGGAAUCUGAGCCGAGAGUUGCGUUUACUGUGGUUCCUGGUUUUAGAGUUGGGAACACUUUGGUACAGUGCGAGGUUUACCUCUCGGUUUCGAGUCAACGCCGUACGUAACCGGACGGUGGAAAGAUCAGGGAGAUGUCGGAACAGAGGGUAUUAUGGUAAUUUACGUGGUGGUGUUAUUUUGCUGACCGUCGGAUUAAGAAGAGAUACAGUAUGUGACCGUUGAGAUUAUGCGUGUGCUUUUUUCCCACUCUUUGUCGAUGUUUUAGGACAGAGAGACAGAAGCAUCUCUGAGCUGGUUUCCUUCAAUGAAUCAAAUUAUUAGCCAUCGUCAUUCGUCACUAUCUUCUAUCCUAAAGUAUGUUGUAAAUAAUUCGUAAUAAUUUAUAUAACUUUUUUUGUACUCCCUCCGUUUUUUAAUAUAAGUCGUUUUACAGCUAUA